UGGAACAGUGACCGCGCGGUUGCACAUUUUUUUGGUUUUUCGCAUGUACUAGGAGCAAGAAUUUAAACGAGUGGCGAGUGUAUUGCUGUCAAGUGCAACAAAGACUUGCCUUUGUGAUGUGGUGGCACCACCAACACACAGCAAGCAGUGCCAAUUUGAAGAAUAGAAAGAAAACCCCAUGGGAAUGCAAUUAAAACUCAACAAUAAUGGAUAUAUAGAUAAUUAAAAUAAAAACAACAAAAAAAAAUCAAUAUACCAAACAUAAAGCAACAGCACUCAACAACAAAUUCAUUAAUACAUCAGAGGAAAGAAAUAUAACAAAAAAAAACCAACCAAAGACAGCAUUUAAAAACAAAAACCUAAAAAAAAUUAAAACCUUUCAACUUGUAAAAAAAAAAAAAAUAAGAACAAAAAUCAUGUCUGAAAACAACAGCGAAAAUAAUGGCGACCAACAAGCCCAGGCUUCGGGGGAUGAACCUGUGGCCGAGAAUAAAAUGAAGUCUCGCCUUCGCAAAGGUGCCCUCAAGAAGAAGAAUGUUUUUAAUGUCAAGGAUCACUGCUUCAUACCGCGCUUCUUCAAGCAACCAACUUUCUGUUCACACUGCAAAGAUUUCAUAUGUGGCUACCAAUAUGGAUACCAGUGGAUGGGUUUUGGCAAGCAAGGUUUUCAAUGCCAAGUUUGUUCGUAUGUCGUUCACAAGCGUUGUCAUGAAUAUGUUACAUUUAUAUGCCCGGGAAAGGAUAAAGGAAUUGAUUCCGAUUCACCCAAAACUGUACACCAUUUUGAACCAUUCACAUACGCAGGACCCACAUUCUGCGAUCAUUGCGGUUCCCUAUUAUACGGCAUCUACCAUCAAGGUCUAAAAUGUUCAGCAUGUGACAUGAACGUGCAUGCACGUUGCCAAGAGAACGUGCCCAGCUUAUGUGGAUGUGAUCACACCGAACGACGUGGACGCAUUUUCCUGGAAUUAGGUGUUAAAGAUAAUACCUUAACAGUACUAAUCAAAGAAGGUCGUAAUCUCAUUCCAAUGGAUCCCAAUGGUUUAAGUGAUCCUUAUGUCAAAGUUAAAUUAAUUCCCGAUGAGCAUGAGAAAUGCAAAAAGAAGACACGCACCAUUAAGGCAUGUCUCAAUCCAGUUUGGAAUGAAACAAUCACUUAUGAACUGAAGGCAGAGGAUAAAGAUCGCCGAGUUCUUAUAGAAGUCUGGGAUUGGGAUCGAACCUCACGCAACGACUUCAUGGGUGCUCUAUCAUUUGGAAUCUCGGAAAUUAUUAAGAAUCCUGCCAAUGGCUGGUUUAAGCUACUCACCCAAGAUGAGGGUGAAUAUUACAAUGUGCCAUGUGCUGAUGCCACACAAGAUCUGCUGAAGCUUAAAUCUCAGAUGAGAAAAUCAUCACAAAAGAAACCAUUGGUAAUGCGUUCCGAAACCAACAGUCAAAGUCAGUCGAAAACUGAUAUGAUUAGGGCCAGUGAUUUCAAUUUCAUCAAAGUUCUGGGCAAGGGAUCAUUUGGCAAAGUUUUAUUGGCCGAACGCAAAGGCACCGAAGAGUUGUAUGCCAUUAAGAUUCUUAAAAAAGAUGUCAUUAUACAGGACGACGAUGUUGAGUGCACCAUGAUUGAGAAACGCGUCUUGGCCUUGCAAGAGAAACCGCCAUUUUUGGUCCAAUUACAUUCCUGCUUCCAGACUUUGGAUCGUCUAUUCUUUGUCAUGGAAUAUGUCAAUGGUGGCGAUUUAAUGUUUCAAAUACAACAAUUCGGAAAAUUUAAGGAGCCAGUUGCUGUGUUCUAUGCUGCCGAAAUUGCCGCUGGCCUAUUCUUUUUGCAUAGCAAAGGGAUUUUGUAUAGAGAUCUGAAAUUGGAUAAUGUCCUAUUGGAUGCCGAUGGCCAUGUUAAGAUAGCCGAUUUUGGCAUGUGCAAGGAGAAUAUUGUGGGUGAUAAAACAACAAAAACUUUUUGCGGUACACCGGACUAUAUAGCGCCUGAGAUCAUCUUGUAUCAGCCCUAUGGCAAAUCAGUCGACUGGUGGGCUUACGGUGUCCUUUUAUAUGAAAUGUUAGUGGGACAACCUCCAUUUGAUGGUGAAGAUGAAGAAGAACUUUUCGCCGCCAUAACAGAUCAUAAUGUUUCAUAUCCGAAAAGUUUAAGCAAAGAGGCCAAAGAAGCCUGCAAAGGUUUCCUAACAAAACAACCCAACAAACGAUUGGGAUGUGGACCCACGGGUGAAGAAGAUGUACGCUUGCAUCCAUUCUUUAGACGCAUAGACUGGGAAAAAAUUGAGAAUCGAGAGGUUCAGCCACCAUUUAAGCCAAAAAUUAAACAUCGCAAGGAUGUCUCCAACUUUGAUAAACAAUUCACUUCAGAAAAGACCGAUUUGACACCUACGGAUAAAGUUUUUAUGAUGAAUUUGGAUCAAUCGGAAUUUAUAGGAUUUUCGUACAUGAACACCGAAUAUGUGGUGCCCACAUAAAUGUCAGGCUAAAUGUUGACAACAGGAUAGGCAUUUAAUAGGCAAGAAAAUGACUGAGUGCUGGCAAGAAAAACGGUUUAAGGACAACAACACACAAAACAGUCAAAUAGCAAAACAACAACAAAAAGGACUGUAGACGUUGGCCAAAACGUGAGGAAUGAUCACUCCUAAAAAAUGAUAUUGUUUAUAAUAAAUAUUAUUAUUUAUAGAUUUAAAAUUUUUUUAAUUUUGUUUUUGAAAUAUAAUUUCUAGUGUAAAUUUGUGAAAAAUAUUAGUUUUUAUAAAACAAAAAAGAAAAAAAGACAGAGCAAUAUUAUUAACAGAAGAAUCUUGAAAAUAAUCCAAUUACGUUAUACAACAGUUAAGAAUUAUUUAAAUAAAUUUCUUUUUUGGAAUAAUUCAUAUGUUUUUAUACAUGUAUAUGUUGAAAAUUUGUAUAGGAUUUUUUGUGUUUUUGUUUUUCUUGGAUUUUUGUAUGUAUAUUUAAUUUGUUACAUAUCAACCAACAAUCGACCUUAAGCAAUAUUAGUUUAUCUCUCAAAUUCCAAAAGAACAAAAAAAAAAUAACGAACGAACGAAUUUAAAAAUAUAUUUUCAAAAGAUUUUGUUUCUAAACCUUCGGAUUUAUUAAAAAAGCGAGAAACAUUUUUUGUUUUUAAAAAUGAAUAGUAAAUUACUUUAGCAUCCAUUUAGGGCAGAAAAUAGAGAAAGAUCGGAUGCGAAUAUCUAUAAUACAUUCCGAAAAGUCAUUUCACAGCAAAACCCCAUAUCAUAACAUACUCAUAGCAUACACAGCAAGUUUUAAUAUCCUAGUAUGAAAAUAAUACAUCAAGUAAAUUUGGAAAAAAAAGAAAAAACAUUGGAAAUAUCUGAAAAAGGAUUUAAAGCUAAAGGUCUGAAAAUGAAUAGCCACAGGGCUGGGACACUUAUCUUGAGUGUCAUUUAUGCAGUUAGUAUUUAAGAACAUUUUUGAAAUUUUUAAAAUCUCUUUUAGGUGUUUUAUAACAAAAACAAUAAAAAUUUAAUUCUACGUGUAUAUCUUUCGGCCUUCUAAGCAUAUCUUUUACAAUAUUAUCCACACACUGAUGGUAAAGAUGGCAUUAAUAAGUAUCUUUUUGAAAACUGUCUUCAAUUGCAAAACGAAAUUUUAAAAGCUUUUUAGAUGACUAUUCUAAAUUUGUAGACUCUCCAUUCUAACCAUAGCUUCCACGCCUUAUUAAACACAAGAAAAAGCCUAUUUUUUCCAAAAGAAUAAUUUAAGGAAAAAAUUAUUGCAAAUGCUUUUCAUCUUUAAGGAUUUUUUUAACUGUUACUUUCUUCCACAACUAUUUUUUAUUACAUUUUUAAUUUCAAAUAUCAAGUGUUAUUAAAUUUUUGUGUUAAAGAACAUUUUGUGUAACUCUUUCUUAGGAGAAAAUUUCAUUAAAAAUCUGUCUUUAGAGAUAAUUUAGUUAAAUUUUUGACUUUAGAGAAAAUUUCAUUAAAAUUCGGUCUUCUGGGAAAAUUUCACAAAAAAUUUGUUUUCAGAGAAAAUUUCAUAACAGAUUUUGUCUUUAAAGAAUAUUUUAUUGAAAUUUUGUCUUUAUAGAAAAUGUCAUUAAAAUCUUGUCUUUAAAAAAAAUUUUAUUGAAAAUUUUAUCUUUCGAGAAAUAUUCACUGAAAUUUUCUCUUUAGCGAAAAUGUCAUUAAAUUUUGUCUCUAUAGAAAAUGUUAUUGAAUUUUUGUCUUCAGAGAAAAUGUAUGGAAAUUUUGUCUUCAGAGAUAAUUUCAUUGAUAAAUUUGUCUUCAGAGCAAAUUUCAUAUAAUUGCAUAUAGCUCCCACUUUGUACUUAAAGGGUAGGUGUAGGGUAUUAUACAGUCGGCAAUGCCCGACUUUUGUCUUUCCUUACUGGUUUUAAAUUAAAACCUUAUUUUAAUUUUAUGUUGCUUUGGAGAAGAUCUUAAUGAUCGCAGACUUCUUUGCAAUGAUCAGAAGAUACCACAACACCAACUUUUGGUUAAGAAAGUCUCAUCGAAUACUUUUAGGUGUGAAGGCAUCAAGGGCCGUACGUUGGUAGGUUGUACUUAUAUCGAGUUUAUUGCGAAAACGAAUUUUAUAGUACACUGAAUACGACAACAACCAAGCUCAGCACCUUGUCUGCUACACUGAUAGAAAAAUUAAGGUACUUUUCCAAUACCGCCUGGUAUUAUUUUGUUCGCGUCAUCGGCAAAAUUGUUAAUACCAUUUGCUAUCAAUUCAAUACCGCCUGGUAUUAUUUUGUUUGCAUCAUUGGCAAAGAUUUUAAAUACCAUUUGUUAUAAAUGCAAUACCAGACAAAGGAGGCUAUUAAGAAUCAACAGAGUCACAUUUGUAUUCUUGUCAUCGCGCAUUUAUUGUCCGAUGUCGUCGAAAUUUGGAACAGUGAGUAAAGUUAGGCCCCUCGACAUUUUUCUGCAAUAUGGCACAGAUCGGUCUAGAUUUGGAUAUAGCUGCCAUAUAGACGAGUCUCUCGAUUUAAGGUCUUGGGCCCAUAAAAGACGCAUUUAUUGGUCUAUUUUGCAAAAAUUUGGGACAGUAAGUUGUGUUAGGCCUAUCGACAUCCUCCUUCUAUUUGGCCCAGAUCGGUCCAGAUUUAGAUAUAGCUGCCAUAUAGACCGAUCUCUCGAUUUAAGGUUUUGGGCCCAUAAAAGGCGCAUUUAUUGUCCGAUUAAGUCGAAAUUUGGCACAGUGAGUUGUGUAAGGGUCUUCGACUUUCUUCUUCAAUUUGGCUCAGAUCGGUUUAGUUUAGGAUAUAGCUGCCAUAUAGACCGAUCUCUCGGUUUAAAGUCUUGGCCCCAUAAAAGGCAUAUUUAUAAUCUGAUUUCGCUCAAAUUUGUCACAGUGACUUAUGUUCGGCUUUUUGACAUUUGUGUCGUAUAUGGUUUAGAUCGGUCGAUAUUUGGAUAUGGCGACCAUAAAGAACAAUAUUUUGUUCUGCAAAAUUAAACAGUGAUUUGUAUCUAUUAGACCACACAAUAUCCGCGCAUUCGCAAUUCGGUCCAAAUCGGACCAUAUUUCGAUAAAGCUGCUAUGGGGGCAUAAAUUAUGCAUUUUUCAUCGAAUUAUAACGAAAGGUGGUUUACAUAUAUCCGAGGUGGUGGGUAUCCAACGCCUUUUUACUUGUUGUUAUUAUUGACACAAAUAAUUAAAAUAAAAUUAAAUUAAAAUUAUUUUCAAUGUUUUUUUUUGGUCAAUUAGGGGAUGGAAUAAUCAAUAACGGUUUGGUUCUAAAACCAACAACGUCUGGUGCUAAAACCAAUAACAGAUUGGUAUUAAAACCAGUACCAGUUCGGUAAUACUAAUCAUUUAAUGUUUCAUCCAUACCAUCAGGCAUUGUUUUUGUACCAUACAGUUUUGCUUUAUUAUUAAUACUGUAUGGUACAGAAAUGAGCCCGUUUGGUAUCAACUUUUCUCUGGGUAUAGUUGCUCAUUUUCUAAUGCAUGUUUUUGUGUGUAUUGUAGUGAUAGUUUUUAUUGUCCACGCAACCACAAUGAGCUCCAUCGUAAACACAUUUCACUGUGCAUCUUUCGGAAGAUGUAUCCAUAGCUUCGGAAGCUAGACAAAGGCAACAUCUCCCGCUGUUGCCCUAAGUGUCUAGAUUUGAAUCCUGGCCGGGCUCCGCCGAAUUUUCAUUUCACAGGUUAUUUUGCCUAUCAAGGCUACAGAAGAUGAGAAUACAGAAGGGAUGGAAUGUAUUCAAUUAUAGUGCACACAUUACAGAUCGCAUUGUAGAUAGGGCUUUCUUGAAUUUAUACAAAGAUUUUCAUAUCGAUGCACACAGAUCUUUAAAUUCUACAUUUAAUCACAUUACAGAAAUAUCUUCUGUGGUUUUGUGGCCUCAAAAUGUCGUUUUUGCCGGGCUUUAAUAGAUCCAAAAACGAUUCUUUUUGAUUUAUUUAUGUGUUUGACUUAUAAAAUUUAACAAAUAAAGGUCAAGGAUGGUUUUUUUCGUUUUAGCCAUUCAUAACUAUUACUUAAAACUUGCGAAUCAGCUAAAUUCAUGCUUCACCUCAUUUUCCAUGAAAAUUAAAUAUUAUUACGUUUCAAUUAUGUUAACUAAUUGUUACUACAUGUAAUAAAUUCAAAAGGAUACUUACCAUCUUAAGAUGAGCUCUUCAAAAACAUUUCGCCUUUUAUAGAUCCAUAUAUAAAACAGUAGAAUAUGGUUUCUCCAACAAUCAAAAACAAAAAACAUAACACCUUGGCAGUCUGUUUUAAUAUUAAGUGAAAAAGCACAAUGUAACCUUUAAUAUAUGAUUAAAGAUAUUUUCUCUCAUUUUUCCAUUUUCAUCAAAGUGACACUGAAAAUAGAUUAAAAAAAAAACAAAAACAACAUUGAAACCAAAAAAACUUUAAAAAUCGUAAAAAAAACGUAAUAGCAAAAUUUUUCAAAUAACUUUAUUUCAUAACUUAAAAAUAAAACACAGCUCGCCCAUAAUGUUAGCCCCUGCAUUAGGCGAGCAGGAAAAAAUGUUUUUCUAAAAGAAAUAAAACAAAACUCUAAUAUAAAACUAAGAAAAAUCGCUGAAUUUAAAA